AUGGAACUACCGGUACCGAAGGUUCAACCCGUGCCGAAACCCGAAGACGCCAGAAGGGGAAGUCUAAUACUACAAUUAACGUUGGAUACAAACAUUAAACUUGAAGACUGCUUCCAAAAUUACUCGGAAUGCAUGCGCUUCUUCGACGACACAAAGAUUAUGGAAUAUUCAGAAUCACUCGGAGACCUUUCUGCUCCGAUGUUAGACAUGAAUAUAGAGAGUGGUCUAAUGGUUUAUUCUUUCGCGAUCGAAAACGCGGACUGUGGAGCGGUGAAACACUGGACGGAUCAGAUCGUCCACAGUUCGCCUGUCUUCAUAUCAGCCAAUGUGAAAUGCCCGGAAUCACCAACACUAAUGGCGUAA